UAGCACGCGCGCCAUUCACGCAAACAUCAACUUUUAUCCGCACCGUUAAUCACAUUUUACGAACGUCAUAAACAAUUUAUUACAUAAAAAUGUUUUGAGGCUACACCGAAUUUAUUGCCUAUUGUAUAAUCACUAGUACAAAGGAAGUGUUGUGUUUAAAAUUUGCGAUAAUAAUGAAUUUGUGCGUUUAUUGCAUUAACUUUACAUUAUUGAGUGAUUGUAUUUAAUAUGUUUUUUGGGAUUUGCUUUACAUUUAUAUUUCGUAUAAUAUACCCAGUUUAUACAAGACAGUUAUUAUGAAUAUGUGGCUAAUAACAUUGAAGUUUAUUUGGAUCCUUUCACCAUUAAUUUUAAAAGGUGCAUUUUCUUGUGAUGAAGAAUACCAGCUGGUUCGGCAUCUAAUGGACAAGUAUGAUCCUUCAGUGAGACCUGUUGAAAACUCGUCGCACCCUUUACUUGUGACUUUUGGAGUGUCCUUACACCAUAUUAUUGAUGUUGAAGAAAAAGACCAACUGCUAACAACAAAUUGCUGGAUAACGCAAAUAUGGACUGACCACCAUUUGAGAUGGAACAUCAGCGAUUUCGACGGAAUCAGUGUUAUAAGAAUACCGUACGAAAGGGUUUGGAAGCCAGACAUAAUAUUGUAUAACAACGCUGAUCCGAACUAUCGAUCAGCAGUAAUCAACACCAAUGUGAUUGUGAAGAACACAGGCGAAGUCACGUGGCUCAGCCAUGGCAUCUACGUCUCAGUGUGCGAUAUAAAUGUCGAACAAUUCCCCUUUGACGUUCAACUGUGCACCAUGAAGUGGGCGUCGUGGACUUACGAUGGAUUUCAGCUGGACAUUCAAAAGCAAUUCGACGAAGGUGACACAACUAACUACCAGACGAACGGUGAAUUCGACCUAGUGAGUUUCGAGGCGAUCAAACACAAUCAGUACUACUCGUGCUGCGUGGAGCCAUACCCCGAUAUCACUUAUGUAAUAAAGCUCCGGAGACGACCCAUGUUCUACGUAUUCAAUCUGAUUCUGCCAUGCCUUCUUAUUAACGGGAUAGCACUUUUGGUGUUCUACGUGCCGUCGGAAUCUGGUGAAAAGGUAACGCUUGGUAUCAGCGCUCUGCUGUCAAUGACAGUCUUUCUUAUGACCAUCCGAGAUACUCUACCACCCACAGAGAAAACCCCUUUAAUCAGUCUGUACUAUGGAGUGAGCACGUGUCUGGUUUCCUUUUCAGCUUCCCUAUCCGUUGUUACACUGAAUAUAUCAUACAGAGGAGUGAGAGGGCAGCCGGUGCCGGCGCUGGUUCGGGAGCUGGUGCUCCAGAGGCUGGCCCGUAUGCUCUGCAUCAAUUUCGACACUGACGCUACUAAGUCGGACAGUGCCUUGGUGACGACCGCUGGGGUUCAAGUAAACCCGCGGACCGGGUCCCGGCUGAAAGCGGAGAUCAACUGCGAUGGUACCGCUCCACCUUCCUCGCCGCGAUUUUCCCGCCACAAUCACAAUCACUUGAAUUGUGGCAACCCGAUCUCAGGGUCAGUCUCGAGUGGUCCGGGCGAGACUAUGGGGUGUAUCGGCGCGUGUCCCCGGUGCGUGUGCUGUGGGUGCACCCUGCGUGAAGCAGCCAGCCGGCAUGAGCAGCGCGUGGCGGCUAGUGAGCGGAUGGAGAGAGCCAAUCUUGAGUGGAAGCAGGUGGCCGUAGUUGCGGACCGCGCGCUCCUCGCGGUAUUCGUUUUGGUCACUACACUCGCUACCGGGGCCAUUCUUCUACCCCAACUCAAGAACCUUCACGUCGGAAAUACACCCUUAAAACCACCGGCUUAAAGACCACAAUCGUUGAUACGUUAUUACACUCUUAAUGAAGAUAAUAUCUUAAUAAUAUCAACAGAUGUUUCAGUUUCCAUUUUAAAAGUAAAUUAAAUUUUGUGCCAAAGAUGUGCCAACAGUUUACAGAUAUUUAAUUAGGUUAUAUGUGUAGAUAGAUCGUAAUUAUAAUGUAGUGUCUGAUAAGUAAUGAGUCAAUUUGGAAGAUCUAUUUGUAUAUAAAAAUAAAAACGUAUUUUUCUUUCAGCUUGCUUUUAAGUUAUGCAUAUUUUUUUAUCGUAAUAGUUUAUUAAAACGCAAAUCAAUUAAUUUAGAAUCUUUUAAUUUAUUUUACGAAUUUUGUGUUAAAAUAUUGUAUUACUAAUUUAAAGAACAGGAUUAAUUUAGAUUCGAAAAGUUAUAUGUAUAAAGAAAUUGUUAUCAGAUUCUCAAAUAUAGGGUUCAACUUCAACAGAAAUUUCGACCAAAAUUAAUAAUUGUUUUACUCACAAAGAUAAAAUUACUCAAAUAGAUAGGUAAGGUUAUAAAACAUAAAAAUAGUAUAUUACAAUGAAAAUUUCGUUACAAAGCUCAAGCUAAAUAUUUUAGAUGUAAAUAUUGAUUGUUAUUACUUACUAGUAUUCAAUGUGCAAUUCAAUAAAACAUGUUAAUAAAUGGAAUACAAAUCA